AGGUACGCAACAAAGCCACCCGGAAACAAAAACAAAACAAACUUGGGCUGCUGUAACGGCUAUUUGAAAGGUGUACUUUCCUAUUGAUUUCCAUGCUUUAUGGCUAACUUAUCAAAUACAUUUGAUUAAACUAUCAUUUUUGUGAAGAUGUAUGCAAGUAAUCGACAAGUGUUGUAGAACAGUACCAGUAGCCUAGACAUAUCCAGCUAGCUUGCUAUAGUGGAGUGUGUUGUUAGCAAGUAAAGAGGUCCUCACAGUAUUAGGCAAUGCACAUGGUUAGUGUUUUAGUGUGUAGCCUAUGGUUGGUUGCAAAGGGGCAAGAUGAGGAAUGGAUCGAUCCGUACGAUAUGUUGAAUUACGAUGCAAGCACCAAGACAAUGAAAAACCCAGCGGAGCCAAAAAAUUACGAAUAUGUGCCAACUAAAAGAAGAGAUCACAUCCAAGAUUCUAAUCAAAUUGGCAUUGCAGAGUGCAACAUUAAAGUCCAGGGCCUACAGAGAGAGAUUGCAGCGAUCUCGCAGCAGCCUUCAUGUCAUCCUGUAUUCAAGCGGUUCAUCACCAAGCUCCUGAAGGAAAUUCAAAGAGUAGGCCUUCCCAGUGACUCUGCCAGUGAAGUCUACUAUGAUGCUAAGGUGAAACUGUCUCAUCAAGCCAUGUCAGAGAUCAAGACGCUUCUAGAUGGCAUUGAAAGCUGGAGAACGGGCGCACUGGAUGAUGCCCUCAGUCAGAUCCUAGUGGAUCUCAAACCUCAUGACUAUGAGGCCUGGAGGUGGCACUUUGAAGACACAUUUGGUGUAGAGGUGUUUACAGUCAUACAGAUGCUUGUCUGUGUGCUGAUUAUAGUGGCCAUUAUCUGUAGUGAGGUAUGGUCUGUCAUCUCUUGGUUUGUCCAGUUUAGGAGACUGUUUGCUAUAUGCUUCUUCAUCAGUAUUGGAUGGAAUUGGUUGUAUCUGUACAAGAUUGCUUUUGCGGAGCACCAAAACAACUUUGUAAAGAUGGAGGGUUUCAAUGAAAAGUGCUCUGGAUUGAGAAAAAUUGACUGGAGCGAUAACUUGAAGGAGUGGUACAGAAGCACCUGGACACUUCAGGAUGAUCCCUGUAAGAAGUACUACGAAGUUGUCUAUGUUAAUCCAAUCUUAAUUGUACCUCCAACCAAGGCCAUCUCUGUCACCAUCACCACGUUCAUCACGGAGCCAUUGAAGCACAUUGGCCAGGGUAUUAGUGACUUUCUCAGAGCUCUCCUCAAGGACCUGCCAGUCACUCUGCAGAUUCCAGUUCUUCUCACCAUUGUGUUGUCGAUCUUGGUCUUCCUGUAUGGCAUUGUCCAAGCAGCCUUCCAGCACGGUAUCCUCAGGCCACUGACAGGCCACCGCAGGGACCCCCCUCCUCCUGUAUUGGGCCAGCAACAACCUGAGCCCCAACUCCAGCCUGCUCAACUGAGGGACCGUCUAGCUGAGGGGGAUGCACCUCAACCUGCUCCUCAUCCGGCUCCGGUACAGAGAAACAAUCUUUGGCAAAGGAGGCCAAAUAGGGUCCGAAUGGAACCAGAGACUGUCUAUGCAGAAAACCUCGGUCGGAGUGCUGACCAGCUGUUCAGUGAUGAUGAUGUUGACUCACAGACACUGGAGAGUAUCAGUGAGGCAGAACUUACCGAGGGGUUCUCCAACUCAGUGGAGAGUGACCCUACGACUGGGCAGGAAGUCCAGAAAGAGAUGGAAGGAGCUACAGCGAGCAGCAUAGUGAGGGACUUGCAGGUCAAAACCUCUCAGGCUAGGGCAAAUGACUCUCAAACUAAAGUAAAAGCCAAGAAGGAUGGUAUUUCAGCUGAUUCUCAUCUCUCAGACAACCAAGCUAGGACGACGAAUGAAGGACAACCCUCAUUAACAGCACAAGGGAAUGACGCACAGGUGCAUGAGGCCUUAAUUAAAUCUUCAAUCGUCACUGGACAACAUAUUGACACAAUUGGAUUGCCUGUACAAGAAACUGCGCCAACAUCACAAGAGUGAACUUUGUUGUUCCUGCUAAAAGCAAUAUGGAAUUUAUCAGUGUGGGCUUCCGGGCUUUUAUUUUAGUCUGACCUUUUUUCUUUUCUUUUUUAAUGUGUAACAUCUUAUGGUUUUAUCUGAAAGGUAUUUGCCUGAGUUAUUUGGAGUUGUAUAUCAUGGAAUGCUACAAUUUGAGAUAUUUGAUUAUUGUGACUUUUUUUUGUUUUUGUGGCAUAUAAUUAAAAAAUAUAUAUAUAUUAUAUAAUUGUAUUCGAUUACAGAUGUUUUUCUAACUAAAUCUGUUGCAUUGGUAAUUAUUAGUGCUGUCAGUUAAACGCGUUAUUAACGGCGUUAGCGCAAACCCAUUUUAACGGCAUAAAUUUUUUAAUCGCGAGAUUAACGUUCUUUUUGGCCUAGCAAACUUUGUAGUUUUUUUCACAUGCUGUUGCAACAACUACUGACGUUAAUAAACUACAACACCACACCGGAUCUAGCUAGACCGGAAACAAAACAACAGGCACGCCGCACACACUUGUUUGGGCUUGCGAGCCGGCUAAAGAGUAGUAGGCUAACGUUACGUUGAGUGGAUGGCGAGCGCGAGACGCCGAAAUGGAUGCCAAUAAGAUUCAGAAUGGAAAGUUUAUUUUAAAAAAGUUGCAAAAUGGUUCCAUUGACAAGACCUAAAGGCUUAUAUAUGCUUCUGCGUUUUUCGAAAAACGGACACAUGGGAACGCCCUCUUCUCCGAGGAACGCCCUCUACGAGCUCUCCGUCAGCCCUCGGAGAGCCCCGGAGAGCUCGACGUGCACCUCCUGAAUUUUCUAACUAUCCGUCGUGAGCGACGGAGAGCUACGGAGACCCCCUUGGCUGUGAUUGGUCAGUAUUAAGAAUCGCUUGCGUCAGGGGCGGGGUUGCCGGGAUAAACAGGACGAACAGAAUCCUUUGACCGCCAUUGCUGUAAGUUUUCACAAUUCAUAUUUCAGCUAAACAGUACAUGUAAAUCUCGUCACAUUAAAAUGUGACGAGAAAUGGGCAGUGUAGUUGCUGAAAAUGUGCGUAUUUUAUUGAUGAAACGGCUAAUUUGUAAAUUUGCUCCGACUUCUCGAUAACCUAGGUAAAUAAACACUCCACGACGAUUUACAAAAAAACGUUGCGCCACCUACUCUUCUGGCGGUGAAUUGUUUUCAGCACCCACAGCCUACGGAGAACCAUAAACGCAGUCUAUCCGUCCGUAUCCGUGCGUAUCCGUGCGCCCGCCCAUCCGUAAACGGAGACGCAGAAGCAUAUUGCGGCCAAGCGAUCUGUGCGUUUUGUCGUUGUGAACUCAGCUAUCAUCGCAGCACGUCACUUGAUGGCCAAGCACACAGCUGAUGGGAAGUCUCCGCCCCCUCGUCACAGCCAGUCGAUUGCAAUGUUGUUUUCAAUUAAAAAAGAACAUUUGCACUAAGCAAACCGAUCCACUUUUCCAUGUUGAUAAGAGCAUUAAAAUGAGAAAAAAAUAUGGGACAAAAAGAAAUCAAGGGACAUUUAGAAUAGAUAAAAAUGUGCGAUUAAUUGCGAUUAAUCGCGAGAUAACUAUGAGAUUAAUCGCGAUUAAAUAUUUUUAUUGUUUGACAGCACUAUUAAUUAUUCACGUAUUUGUGAAAUAAGUGGAGAAAUACUUAAUAAAUAAACUUUCCUCUUCAAAGGUUUGGCUUCAUUAAAACCCAUUUGUGAUCUCCUUAGUAUUCUAAAGUGUACAGUAUGUUAGUUUACAGAACCAAGACUAGUGGCUUGUCCACAUUUGUUUGUGCAAAUAAUUUAAGAAUUCAGUUACAGACCACAUAUAUAAUGUAUCUUUUCAGACAAACCAUAGAGAAAUUUCAAAUGUUACUGUUGUGGAAGAAAUUGCGAUUUCCGGUGUGCUUACAUUAUUCACUAAUCAAUAUAACUAGUCAUUGGAUACUAGUUAGUAUGUUCUCAUGUAAGCUUGCUAUUAAUAAGAGUAGAGGGUGUCUAUGUGUCAGGGUUAAUAGAUGUUCGUGAUCAGGAGAAAGUACUGGGUAAACGUCCUUGGUCAUGACUACAAGGAGAGCGCCAACUAUGAUCUCUCUAGUCUGAGUGGUCAUGUGUUGGGAGCUGUGAAUCUCUUCCUCUGAGACUGUUGUAACGUCAUUACUGCCUGACUGUCACUAUCUAUGUUUACAUUCCUGUGCCCUAUAAAAGAUGGUCCUCCGGCUUUCAGAGCUGAGAGA